AGGGUUGGUUCUCACUUAGGUCGGGGCAGCAAAAUUGCAGCACGCGCCACCCUCAUUGCCAAGCUAGCACAGCACUGAACUCACUUGUACGCCCACGGGGGACCAAGUUGUAGUCACGUGAUCCUUCUCUCCUCCGCUUCCCCAGCAGCACACCAUCGCGAGAGUUUACUGGGAAAGCAGGUCAGGUGACAGAACCCGGAAGUAUCGGUGCUCGGUGGUGACUGUCUCUGGCGAUAGCAGGGAACUCGGGAUCCGGGAUGGACGACACAUUAUUUCAGUUAAAGUUCACAGCCAAGCAGCUGGAGAAGCUGGCCAAGAAGGCAGAGAAGGAUUCCAAUACUGAGAACGCCAAAGUGAAAAAGGCACUACAGCAGAAGAAUGUGGAAGUCGCCCGAGUGUACGCUGAGAAUGCCAUCCGGAAGAAGAACGAGGGUUUGAACUGGCUGCGGAUGGCUUCGCGGGUAGAUGCGGUGGCCUCUAAAGUACAAACAGCGGUUACCAUGAAAGGGGUGACUAAAAACAUGGCUCAGGUGACAAAGGCUCUGGACAAAGCUCUGGGUGCGAUGGACCUGCAGAAGGUGUCUGCUGUAAUGGAUAAGUUUGAGCAGCAGGUCCAGAACCUGGACGUACAUACGUCGGUUAUGGAGGAUUCAAUGAGCUCGGCAAUGACCCUCACCACCCCCCAGGAACAGGUGGAUAGUUUAAUACUGCAGAUUGCAGAGGAGAAUGGGCUGGAGGUGAUGGAUCAGCUGAACCAGCUCCCCCAGGGUGCCUCCUCAGUGGGCGAGGCCUCCACCCGCACCCCGGAAGACCAGCUGUCACGCAGACUGGCUGCUCUGAGGAAUUAAAGUCCCCCAGAUUCUGCUUCUCCCUCUCAUGUCUGGAGCGUUCAGGAGUUUGGGUUGUGCUGAUGUCUCUUUAUCCCACUGUGGCCUUCACCAAUCAUUUUGGGAGGAUAUUGGGCCCGGCGAUGUACUGCUGUCCGGCUCCUCUGCAGUUCUGAACCCGAAAUCCAGCCUAUCGGUUAAUAUGGUUCUCUCGAUGCAUGGAUUAAAGCCUCACCUGGAGGGGAUGCUUUCACUCUAAUAAUGUACAUAUAUUGUAUUCUCUCACUACUCUUCUCAAGUCCCACAAAAGAGCAGACCGCUUCCAAAUAUGUAUUGCUGGGGUAUGGUAAUUCUUGUGACAGUACCAGGGAUAGGAGUGACACCAAUAGUCUUGUACAGAUACAGUUAUUUGUACUCAUGCCUAAAUUGAGCUGGGGCGGGGGCAACAUCAUCAUUUAGUUUAAGUACAGUGCUUCCUUCUCCUUGUAACUGGUGGAGACCCCUGACCCCUCUGUCUGUGUGGGAUGCUCCUCUUCUUUUACUGCAAUUUUAUUCUGGAGUAAGUCUCUAUGUAACCAUCCCUCAUAUAGAUUCCGGGCCCCUCUGUGUACAUGGACUCCCAUUCUUAGGCACCAUUUAUUUUAUACCUGUGUCAGGCCCGGAGUACAUCCCAAAUACCAAAGUGACGACGCAGACAGACGGUGUGUUAUGGUGCGGCCCUCUGUUAGC